CGCAGUGAGCAGUUGCUCGAAGUGACGCGCUCCCUCCAGAUUCCAGGAUUCCGUGAUCCCUCUCGCCUGUCCUCACCUCCACGAUUAUCCAAAGUCGGAGGCCAACUGAUGUUGUAGACGUGAUCUCGUGUAUUUUUCUCGUUAACAAGACUGUGCAAAAAUCUACACCCCAUCCAACUUCAGGAGCUCAGCUCCCUCAACAUCCCUAGUUAAUUGAUAUUUUGUGAUUUAUUCUACCGAUCGUGUGCUAAUCGAAGAUAAUGUCAACACAGCCCCACAGUAGGAAACGUGUGUGCUAUUAUUACGAUAGUGACAUAGGAAAUUAUUACUAUGGACAAGGGCAUCCCAUGAAGCCUCAUAGAAUAAGGAUGACCCAUAAUUUACUGCUCAACUACGGACUCUAUAGGAAAAUGGAGAUUUAUCGUCCACACAAGGCCACAGCUGACGAGAUGACCAAGUUUCACAGUGACGAGUACAUCAGAUUCCUGAGAUCAAUUCGACCGGACAACAUGAGCGAGUACAACAAACAAAUGCAGAGAUUUAAUGUCGGUGAAGAUUGUCCAGUAUUCGACGGGUUGUAUGAGUUCUGUCAAUUAUCAGCUGGUGGUUCAGUGGCAGCGGCAGUGAAGCUCAACAAACAGGCGUCAGAAAUCUGCAUAAAUUGGGGUGGAGGUCUCCAUCAUGCCAAGAAAAGCGAGGCGUCGGGUUUCUGCUACGUUAACGACAUUGUCCUGGGUAUCCUGGAGCUGCUCAAAUAUCACCAAAGAGUACUGUACAUCGACAUCGACGUGCACCACGGGGACGGUGUCGAGGAGGCCUUCUACACUACUGACAGAGUCAUGACUGUAUCCUUCCACAAGUACGGAGAGUAUUUUCCCGGAACUGGAGAUCUCCGAGACAUUGGAGCUGGCAAGGGAAAGUACUACGCUGUGAAUAUUCCCCUGCGAGAUGGCAUGGACGAUGAGAGUUACGAAUCCAUCUUCGUUCCCAUUAUUUCUAAGGUAAUGGAAACUUUCCAGCCGUCAGCUGUUGUUCUCCAGUGUGGGGCUGAUUCUUUGACUGGAGACAGGUUAGGCUGUUUCAAUCUAACAGUCAGAGGUCAUGGCAAGUGUGUCGAAUUCGUCAAGAAGUACAAUCUCCCCUUUCUCAUGGUGGGUGGAGGUGGAUACACCAUUAGGAACGUCUCCAGGUGUUGGACGUACGAGACAUCAGUGGCCCUGGGCUGUGAAAUAGCCAAUGAGCUCCCCUACAACGACUACUUCGAGUACUUCGGUCCAGACUUCAAGCUUCACAUCAGUCCGUCCAACAUGGGAAAUCAGAAUACUGUGGAGUACCUCGAGAAGAUCAAAACCAGGCUCUUUGAGAAUCUCAGAAUGCUGCCACAUGCUCCAGGGGUUCAGGUUCAGGCUAUUCCGGAGGAUGGGGCUACUGUUGACGACUCUGAGGCUGAGGAGAAGGUCAAUCCUGACGAGAGACUUCCCCAAAGGGAUUUGGAUAAGAGGAUACAGCAUGAGAAUGAGUACAGUGACAGUGAGGACGAGGGUGAGGGAGGCAGGAGGGAUAACAGAUCCUUCAAAGGCUCCAGAAAGAGACCGCGACUGGAGAAGGGGCAGGAGAGCAUGGAAACAGAUAUUAAAAAGGAGGAUGAUGCCAAAUCGGAAAUUAAAGAGAAUGAUAAGGACGAUAAAGUCAAUGCCAUGAACGAGGAGACGAAGAAGGAGAGUGUGAAUCCUUGAUAGGCAACAAUCUACAACCGAAGAAAUUGACAUAAGAAGAAAUCAUAAUAAUAAUUUUUGAAAUCAAGUAUAAAUAAGGAACUGAGAGUUGGAGUUAUCGUUGGGUUUGGAGUGAGUCCUCUCUGAUUGAAUCAAUUGUCGAGCCUCAGUUCGUGGAGUAUAUUCAAAUUCAUUGCAGCAUGAAUGAUCUUUGUACAGGCCUAUCUCCCGGUAUCCAGAGAUAUUGAUGAUGAAAUUACUAUCUGGUAUCGUGGAGGGAGCUUUCAGCACGACGCAAGAUAAUUUUUAUCAGAAAAUACAGAUGUAUUCGGUGUGAGUGUCAGUGAUUAGUUAUUCGUAGGAUUUUUUUUUUAUAAAUUACUUCGAUCAGUCUUGUUCCUUGUCUUUACUAAUAGAAUUUUUCAGUGAGAAUGAUCAGUUGAGGGACUAUCUUGCUUCCUACUUUUGUACAAAACCAAUAUUUCCAGCUCUUAUCCGAUGGCAUUGUUUUUUUUUUCGUUUUCAUUCCAUCUCGCCUGGGUAAUCGCCAGCGUUCCAUCAUUUCCAAUGCUAAGUGCUCCAUGUAUAGAUUAAUUUGGUAGAAAAACCGAAUCUUUCCCUCAGAAAUUCUCGGCAAUUUUUAUUGGAAAUUUAUUGUAAUUCAAUGUAAUCGGUAAUUCGGCAAAAAUUUUUCACUCAAUUGCUUUUUGUUUAAUAGACUGAAUUUCUUAUACGUCAAAAUGAUUCUUUGGUGGAUUUUUUAAUAGAGAAUCUUAAGCAUUUUCUCUCUACGUUAAAAAGAAAAAAAAAA